CGACUUUGUAUUUACUAAAAUAAGUUUAUCUCAAUUGUUCUUUUCCAAAGUGAACAUAAAAAGUAAAUAUUUUCCACAAGUAAAUUGAUUACAUUUUUUUGAGAAUGGUUUCGUUCACUGAUGCCCUCAAUUAUGUCGCUUAUAAAAACCCAGUAAGUCAAUUUACAAUAGCUGGUGUAACUCAAUUGGCAAAAGUAUCUGGAUUACAUACGAAACCUUCGCACGCACGAUCUGUUGCAACGAAAUCGGUGUCUGAUGCUGUACCAAUUUCAAGACAAUUGGGUUCGAGUUAUUAUCUUAUUCGGGUGGCUGCAUUGAGUGGUGCUACUGCCGUGUGCUUGGCUGCCUACGGACGACACAGUCUCAAAGAAAGAUCAUCGGAAAGAGCUGAAACAAAAGAAUAUCGACACAUUUACGAGAGUGCCAAUCACAUGCAUUUCAUCCAUUCGGUUGUACUCCUCGCCACACCUUUAACAAAACGACCACUAAUUACUGGAACACUUUUCAUUUCCGGAAUGUUGUUAUUUAGCGGAACUUGCUAUUACAAAGCAAUAAAAAAGGCGAAAGGCGAAAAUGUCGAAUAUAUCCCAGCACAUUUGGCACCAUGUGGUGGACUGUGCUUGAUCCUUGGAUGGUUGAGCAUGCUGUUCUAGAUGCUGUUCUAAACUAAAUAACAUAAAAUUUACUCAGAUAUUUUUUUAACAGCAGAGAUUAUUUAUUGCAUCAUUGUCUUCAUAUGUAAAAUAAAGUAUCUCGUUUUUUUUAUUAAACGCUGAUGAUA